UCUAAAUAUAAUAUUUUUAAUAAAAUAUAAAUUUAAUAUUAUCGUCUAGAAAACUAUCAAUAGGUUAAGAUAAUCUGGUAACGCUAUCCCAAUCAGCUGUUACCAUACAAAAAUGUCCAAUUUGCGGCGCCAGGUCCUCAGUGCUUUUAAGAAGCUCCAUCGUACACGACAAUACGUGUUUCAAGGGGAUGCGAAUGCACUGGUGGCAGGACGACUAAAAAUCAACGAAUCUUUCCUGCAGAAUCGCAAUGAAAGCAGCGAGGAUGAGAUUCAGAAGAUGAUUAAGCUGGCGCAGGACGUGGAUCUGGAGCUGCGCACGAAUGUCAUCCAAGCCCAGAAAAAGGAGGAAGGUGUUUAUGAACUGAGGAUCACGCCAGAGACAACUCGACUCGACAAUGUGGUCUUCAAUCCUGAUGCGAUCAUCGAAAAACCGCGCAGGCAACGCGGCGUCAAAAACACUGAAGGUUGCUGCGGUGGCGCUGCGAUGGCAGCCCUUGAAGCCGAGGUCCAGGCCCGCAACAAAUAGAACUAUAUUCAAUAUUUAGCUGUAAUCAAGAUGGUUUUGUUCUGAUUAAUUAUGUCGUUUAUCUUUAA